UGUUUCAUGGCUGUUGCACAAAAACAUCACGAGUGGCUGCUGCAGCUGUGAGUGCUACAUAUACAGCACAUGGUAGCGUUUGGUGGCUACUUGUAGCAAACGGACACCAUCGACUCUGUGUGUGUGUUUUUGCAGUUUAGAAGUUGUAGUUAGAACUUUUACCAAACUAGCCCAGAGGUGUGAAAGAGACAGCACUUUAUUUUUUUUAUUUAAAGUCUUUGUUCACGGCUGUGAGCGAGCCUUAUAUCACCAGUUUGAGGACUUUUAAAAACACUUGUCCACCUCCACCACCACCAGCAGCAGCAGCAGCUCCGCAGAAACCAGCAUGUCGACCGGCGCAAAAGAAGUGAAAAGCUGCCCCAUCCCGACCAGGGUGCUCACCCUGAAGGACUGGUCCCAGCUACCCGACUGUUACAGCCAGACACCCGGGGGGACGCUCUUCUCCACCACGCCUGGAGGUACCCGGAUCAUCUAUGACAGGAAGUUUCUCUUGGACUGUCGGAACUCCCCUCUCGCCCGGACACCCCCGUGCUGUCUGCCCCAGAUCCCAGGUGUAACAGUACCUGCUACACACAGCAUGGGGAAAUUGCAAGAUCUUAAAGAGGAAGCAGAGGAGGAAGAAAAAGACAUUGCAGAUGACAACCAAUUUGAGAUGGACAUCUGAGCCCUCCAAGUAUUACCUCCUGUGGAGAGUUAUUAGUUAAAAACACCUCCAAGGUCAUUAAUGACUGUAACGCAUUACAUAUAAAGCUUUUUCACUUUUUUUUGUUUAAUAAAAGCUUUUUGUGAGGAACCAAAAAGAACGGGAAAGUUAGAAAACCGUAGGGUGUUUUUGACCCUAAAAAAAAAAAGAGUAUGUUAAGCAAAGAAAUGGUGUUCAGUGCGUUGAUUGGUUGCUCACUCACUUGAGAGCUGCAGCAGGAUUGAAAAAAAAUCCAUUUUGAUUUCACUUUUUUUAUCUUUUGUAAAUAAGAAAAUUGUACUAUGUAGCCUGUUUUUUUUAAGUUGGGGGGAAUAUGAGAUGAUUACAUUACGACAUGUAGGAGUUUUUCACUGCAGGCAUCAGUUUGUUUUGUUGUAUUUCCCCCUAGAAAAGGAUGGCUAACUUUCUUUGUGAUAGACGUCUCCCAGUUUUGGGGGAAUCAGGGUCUACUGAAAAUGAGCUCUUGUUUUUUUUUUUAUGGAGGGAGAGAUGAAAUGUGAAUAAUUUCAAAUAAAGGCUGGAUUAUCAGCA